AUGGCAGCCUUACCGUUCUCCUCAGGAUUUGUGGUGCAUAUUGGUCCGGGAGAUGGGGAGUGCUUCUGGCCCGGCUGCACCUUCGAAGAGGCGAGCGACCCAGCAGUGCCCUGCGAGUACAGCCAGGCCCAGUACGACGACUUCCAGUGGGACCAAGUGCAGAUCCACCCUGGUACCCGGGCUCCUGCAGACCUGCCACACGGCUCCUACUUGAUGGUCAAUGCUUCCCAGCAUGCCCCAGGCCAACGGGCCCAUGUCAUCUUCCAGAGCCUGAGUGAGAAUGAUACCCACUGUGUGCAGUUCAGCUACUUUCUGUACAGCCGGGAUGGGCACAGCCCGGGCACCUUGGGCAUCUACGUGCGUGUCAAUGGGGGUCCCCUGGGCAGUGCCGUCUGGAAUAUGACUGGAUCGCAUGGUCGUCAGUGGCACCAGGCUGAGCUGGCUGUCAGCACCUUCUGGCCCAAUGAAUAUCAGGUGCUGUUUGAGGCCCUCAUCUCCCCAGACCGCAGGGGCUACAUGGGCCUAGAUGACAUCCUGCUUCUCAGCUACCCCUGCGCGAAGGCCCCGCACUUCUCCCGACUGGGCGAUGUGGAGGUCAACGCUGGCCAGAACGCCUCCUUCCAGUGCAUGGCAGCGGGCAGAGCAGCAGAGGCAGAGCGCUUUCUCCUGCAGCGGCAGAGCGGGGCGCUGGUGCCCGCGGCCAGCGUGCGGCACAUCAGCCACCGGCGCUUCCUGGCGACCUUCCUGCUGGCCUCCGUGAGCCGCUCGGAGCAGGACCUGUAUCGUUGCGUGUCCCAGGCCCCGCGCGGCGCGGGCGUCUCGAACUUCGCAGAGCUCAUCGUCAAGGGUCAGCGCGUGCGGGCGCUCUCCCGGGAACCCAUGAGGGCCCCCAAAGGCCUGGCUUUCGCUGAGAUCCAGGCCCGCCAGCUGAUGCUGCAGUGGGAACCUCUGGGCUACAAUGUGACACGUUGCCACACGUACACGGUGUCCCUGUGCUAUCACUACACGCUGGGCAGCAGCCACAACCAGACCAUCCGGGAGUGUGUGAAGAUGGAGCGGGGCGUCAGCCGCUACACCAUCAAGAACCUGCCCCCCUACCGGAACGUUCACGUGCGGCUCAUCCUCACGAACCCCGAGGGACGCAAGGAGGGCAAGGAGGUCACCUUCCAGACAGACGAGGAUGUGCCUGGUGGGAUUGCAGCCGAGUCCCUGACCUUCACUCCACUGGAGGACAUGAUCUUCCUCAAGUGGGAGGAGCCCCAGGAACCCAAUGGCCUCAUCACUCAGUAUGAGAUCAGCUAUCAGAGCAUUGAGUCAUCAGACCCGGUGGUGAAUGUGCCGGGCCCACGACGUACUAUCUCCAAGCUCCGCAACGAGACUUACCACGUCUUCUCCAACCUGCACCCGGGCACCACCUACCUGUUCUCUGUGCGGGCCCGCACGGGCAAAGGCUUUGGCCAGGCGGCACUCACCGAGAUCACCACCAACAUCUCAGCUCCCAGCUUUGAUUAUGCCGACAUGCCAUCACCCCUGGGCGAGUCUGAGAAUACCAUCACCGUUCUGCUGAGGCCGGCACAGGGCCGCGGUGCGCCCAUCAGGCAAGGGAGCCCUGGCCAGUUCUCCUUCAUCCCCCCCCAAUCCUACAUGGCAGCUCCCGGCAGCCCUGAGAUCCAGCACGAGCCCAGCAGCAGCUGUGAGGAGCCCAGAAAACCCGUGAACAUGACCAAAGCCACCGUCAAUUACCGCCAGGAGAAGACCCACAUGAUGAGUGCCGUGGACCGGAGCUUCACGGACCAGAGCACCUUGCAGGAGGAUGAGCGACUGGGCCUCUCCUUCAUGGACGCCCACGGCUACAGCCCCCGGGUUUUCAAACGGAGGCACAGGACUGAGGGACCCAAGCAGGGCAGGGCAGUCCCCCUGAUUCGAAGAGAAGGGACUUGGAGUUUGGGGGAGCUGCACCCCGCAGUGCGCGUGGCCGACCUCCUGCAGCACAUCAACCAGAUGAAGACGGCCGAGGGCUAUGGCUUCAAGCAGGAGUACGAGAGCUUCUUUGAAGGCUGGGAUGCCACAAAGAAGAAAGACAAGGUCAAGGGCAGCCGGCCAGAGCCUGUGCCCGCCUAUGAUCGGCACCGAGUGAAACUGCCCCCGAUGCUGGGAGGCCCGGAUGCCGACUACAUUAACGCCAACUACAUAGACAUUCGGAUAAACCGUGAAGGUUACCACAGGUCAAACCACUUCAUAGCCACUCAAGGGCCGAAGCCCGAGAUGGUCUACGACUUCUGGCGCAUGGUGUGGCAGGAGCACUGUUCCAGCAUUGUCAUGAUCACCAAGCUGGUGGAGGUGGGCAGGAGAGGCUACUCUGCCCGGCACGAGGUCCGACAGUUCCAUUUCACGGCAUGGCCAGAGCACGGCGUCCCCUACCACGCCACAGGGCUGCUAGCCUUCAUCCGGCGCGUGAAGGCCUCUACCCCACCUGACGCCGGGCCCGUCGUCAUCCACUGCAGCGCGGGCACCGGCCGCACAGGCUGCUACAUCGUUCUGGAUGUGAUGCUGGACAUGGCGGAGUGUGAGGGCGUUGUGGACAUUUACAACUGUGUGAAGGCCCUCUGCUCCCGGCGCGUCAACAUGAUCCAGACAGAAGAGCAGUACAUCUUCAUUCAUGAUGCAAUCCUGGAGGCCUGCCUGUGUGGGGAGACCACUAUCCCUGUCAGCGAGUUCAAGGCCACCUACAAGGAGAUGAUCCGCAUUGACCCCCAGAGUAAUUCCUCCCAGCUGCGGGAAGAGUUCCAGACGCUGAACUCGGUCACACCACCCCUGGACGUGGAAGAGUGCAGCAUCGCCUUGCUGCCCCGGAACCGAGACAAGAACCGCAGCAUGGAUGUCCUGCCGCCCGACCGCUGCCUGCCCUUCCUCAUCUCCACCGACGGGGACCCUAACAACUACAUCAACGCGGCCCUGACUGACAGCUACACACGGAGCGCAGCCUUCAUCGUGACCUUGCAUCCUCUACAGAGCACUACGCCUGACUUCUGGCGGCUGGUCUACGAUUACGGGUGCACCUCCAUUGUCAUGCUCAACCAACUGCACCAGUCCAACACUGCCUGGGGACUCUGCUUCACACUUACGGGCUUCAGGAACGGGGGUGGCCGCAGUGGCACCUUCUGCGCCUGCGCCACAGUCCUGGAGAUGAUCCGCUGCCACAACCUGGUGGACGUUUUCUUUGCUGCCAAAACGCUUAGGAACUACAAGCCCAAUAUGGUGGAAACCCUGGAUCAGUACCACUUUUGCUAUGAUGUGGCCCUGGAGUACCUGGAGGGGCUGGAGUCAAGAUAG